ACCCAUCUCUUUGUUUUACUUUAGUUGUUUAUUGUUAUUUCAUUUUUCAUGAUUCGCAACCUUUUCUAUAUAUUGACAACACCAACCAUACGCCUUAGCCACUCACUUCUCUGCAUCCAACUUCAAUUUUCUUUUGUUCAAGUCUUGUAUCUCAGCAAUGGCAGAUGAGGUGAUUCUGUUAAAUUUCUGGCCAAGUCAUUAUGGCAUGAGGGUCCUAAUUGCACUUGAGGAAAAGGGUAUCAAGUAUGAGAACAAACAAGAGGAUUUUAGCAACAAGAGUCUUUUACUCUUGCAAAUGAACCCAAUUCACAAGAAAAUACCAGUUCUAAUCCACAAUGGAAAAUCCAUCUGUGAGUCAUUAAAUAUAGUUGAAUAUAUUGAUGAGGUUUGGAAGGAUCAUUCUCCUUUGUUUCCUUCUGAUCCUUACCAAAGAAGUCAAGCUAAAUUUUGGGCUAACUACGUUGACACUAAGGUAUAUGAGAUUGGAUCUAGGUAUGCAAAAAGUGAAGGAGAAGAGAAAGAAGGUGCAAAGAAAGAGUUGGUAGAGAGUUUUGAAGUGUUGGAAAAACAUCUGGGAGACAAACCUUAUUUUGGUGGAGACAAGUUUGGUUUUGUGGAUGUGGCACUUGUUCCAUUCUUUUGCAUGCUAUAUACUUACACUUUUGCUGGGAAAUUCAUUGAUGAUGAAAAAUUCCCCAAUUUGACUUGUUGGGCGAAAAGGUGUGCUAAAAAAGAGAGUGUAUCUAAGUCAAUUCCUCAAGAGAGUAAGAUCAAACAUUUUUUAGCAGAGAAAGGUCUCUUACAUCGUGGAGAAUAGAAGCAAAGGUGUUAAUGUCUUCUGAAUAAGAUUGUAGUAACUAGGAUUGUGUUGUCGUUUUCGUUAUCAUGAAAAACUGUUAUGUAGCAAUACUAAUAUAUGGUUAUGGACUGUAAUUUAUAUUUAUGUUUCUGAACAAUAGCAUAACAAAAUCAAA